GUCAUUCUGUACUCGCUGUCCAAAGCUAACUUCAGCAUGCUCAAGAGGAAGCAGAGCUCCAGGGUGGAAGCCCAGCCAGUGACGGACUUCGGCCCUGAUGAAUCCUUGUCAGACAAUGCUGACAUUCUCUGGAUCAACAAGCCAUGGGUGCACACUCUGCUGCGCAUCUGCGCCAUCAUCAGCGUCAUCUCCGUCUGUAUGAACACGCCCAUGACGUUUGAGCACUACCCCCCGCUGCAGUAUGUGACUUUUACUUUGGACACUCUACUCAUGUUUCUCUACACGGCAGAGAUGAUAGCAAAAAUGCACAUCCGGGGCAUCAUCAAGGGGGAUAGUUCCUAUGUGAAAGAUCGCUGGUGUGUUUUUGAUGGAUUUAUGGUCUUUUGCCUUUGGGUUUCCCUGGUGCUACAGGUAUUUGAAAUUGCUGAUAUAGUUGAUCAGAUGUCUCCUUGGGGCAUGUUGCGGAUUCCCCGACCUCUGAUUAUGAUCCGAGCCUUCCGGAUUUAUUUCAGAUUUGAAUUACCAAGAACCAGAAUUACAAAUAUUUUAAAGCGAUCAGGAGAGCAGAUAUGGAGUGUCUCCAUUUUCCUGCUUUUCUUCCUACUUCUUUAUGGAAUUUUGGGUGUUCAAAUGUUUGGGACAUUCACCUAUCACUGUGUCGUAAAUGACACGAAACCAGGAAAUGUAACCUGGAAUAGUCUAGCGAUCCCAGAUACACAUUGCUCCCCAGAACUGGAAGAAGGCUACCAGUGCCCGCCAGGAUUCAAAUGCAUGGAUCUUGAGGAUCUGGGACUUAAGCGGCAAGAGCUGGGUUACAGCGGCUUCAACGAGAUAGGUACCAGCAUCUUCACGGUUUAUGAGGCCGCCUCGCAGGAAGGCUGGGUGUUCCUCAUGUAUCGAGCCAUCGACAGCUUUCCCCGAUGGCGUUCCUACUUCUAUUUCAUCACUUUGAUUUUCUUCCUGGCCUGGCUUGUCAAGAAUGUGUUUAUUGCUGUCAUCAUUGAAACGUUUGCAGAAAUCAGAGUGCAAUUUCAACAAAUGUGGGGAUCGAGAAGCAGCACUACUUCAACAGCCACCACACAGAUGUUUCAUGAAGAUGCUGCUGGUGGAUGGCAGCUGGUAGCUGUGGAUGUCAACAAGCCCCAGGGACGUGCGCCAGCCUGCCUCCAGAAAAUGAUGCGGUCAUCCGUUUUCCACAUGUUUAUCCUGAGCAUGGUGACUGUGGACGUGAUUGUCGCUGCUAGCAACUAUUACAAGGGAGAGAACUUCAGAAGGCAAUAUGAUGAAUUCUAUCUUGCCGAGGUGGCCUUUACAGUCCUCUUUGAUUUGGAAGCUCUUCUGAAGAUUUGGUGUUUGGGGUUUACCGGCUACAUUAGCUCGUCACUUCACAAGUUCGAGCUCCUCCUUGUGAUUGGAACCACCCUUCAUGUUUAUCCGGACCUUUAUCACUCCCAAUUCACCUACUUUCAGGCGUUUAUGUCCAUGUUCCAGAUCCUGACCCAGGAAGGAUGGGUCGACGUGAUGGACCAAACCCUCCAUGCGGUGGGACAUAUGUGGGCUCCUGUUGUUGCCGUCUACUUCAUUCUCUACCAUCUCUUUGCCACUCUGAUUCUCCUGAGCUUGUUCGUGGCUGUUAUUUUGGACAACUUAGAACUUGAUGAGGAUCUAAAGAAGCUUAAACAAUUGAAGCAAAGUGAAGCAAAUGCAGACACCAAGGAAAAGCUCCCUUUGCGCCUGCGAAUCUUUGAAAAAUUCCCCAACAGACCACAAAUGGUGAAGAUCUCCAAGCUGCCUUCAGAUUUUACAGUCCCUAAAAUCAGGGAAAGCUUUAUGAAGCAGUUUAUUGAUCGCCAGCAACAGGACACCUGCUGCCUCUUGCGAAGCCUCCCUUCAGCCUCUUCCUCCUCAUGCGACCACUCCAAGAGGUCUGCCAUCGAUGACAACAGAUACAUUGAUCAAAAACUUCGCAAGUCUGUUUUCAGCAUCAGGGCAAGGAACCUUCUGGAAAAGGAGAUGGCAGUCACUAAAAUCUUGAGGGCUUGUACUCGGCAGCGCAUGCUGAGCGGAUCAUUUGAGGGGCAACCAGCUAAGGAAAGGUCAAUUCUCAGUGUGCAGCAUCAUAUCCGCCAAGAGCGCAGGUCAUUAAGACACGGGUCUAACAGUCAGAGGAUCAGCAGGGGGAAAUCUCUUGAAACUUUGACUCAAGAUCACUCCAAUACGGUGAGGUACCGGAACGCCCAACGGGAAGACAGUGAGAUCAAGAUGAUCCAGGAGAAAAAGGAACAAGCGGAAAUGAAAAGAUUGGGAAUCAACUCUACUGCCAUGGGUUUAGGUUUAGACCAUCACAUCAGAACACACCUUGCUAUCUUGCAGACUCGAUAUAUGCUCAUUCUCUCUUACAGGUCUAAAACCGACCCAGUCACAGGAGCUGUGAAAAAUACAAAGUACCAUCAACUUUAUGAUUUGCUGGGAUUGGUUACUUACCUGGACUGGGUCAUGAUUGUAGUGACCAUCUGCUCCUGCAUUUCCAUGAUGUUUGAAUCGCCUUUCCGAAGAGUCAUGCAUGCACCUACUUUGCAGAUUGCUGAGUUUGUGUUUGUGAUAUUCAUGAGCAUUGAGCUUAAUCUGAAGAUUAUGGCGGAUGGCUUAUUUUUCACUCCAACGGCUGUCAUCAGGGACUUUGGCGGCGUAAUGGACAUCUUUAUCUACCUUGUGAGCUUGAUAUUUCUCUGCUGGAUGCCUCAAAACGUGCCCGCUGAAUCUGGAGCGCAACUCCUGAUGGUGCUGCGGUGCCUGAGACCCCUCCGCAUCUUCAAACUGGUGCCGCAGAUGCGGAAGGUCGUGCGGGAACUCUUCAGUGGCUUCAAGGAGAUUUUUUUGGUCUCCAUCCUCUUGCUGACAUUGAUGCUUGUUUUUGCGAGCUUUGGAGUUCAACUUUUUGCUGGGAAAUUGGCAAAGUGCAAUGACCCCAAUAUUAUUAGAAGGGAAGAUUGUAACGGCAUAUUCAGAAUCAAUGUCAGUGUGUCUAAGAACUUAAAUUUAAAAUUAGGACCCGGAGAGAAAAAACCUGGAUUUUGGGUGCCCCGUGUGUGGGCCAACCCUCGAAACUUUAAUUUUGACAACGUGGGCAAUGCCAUGCUGGCGCUGUUUGAAGUGCUCUCCCUGAAAGGCUGGGUGGAAGUGAGGGAUGUUAUUAUUCAUCGUGUGGGGCCGAUCCACGGGAUCUAUAUUCACGUUUUUGUGUUCCUGGGUUGCAUGAUUGGACUGACCCUUUUCGUUGGGGUAGUUAUUGCUAAUUUCAACGAGAACAAGGGGACGGCGUUGCUGACCGUGGAUCAGAGGCGCUGGGAAGAUCUGAAGAGCAGACUGAAGAUCGCGCAGCCUCUUCAUCUGCCACCUCGCCCGGAUAAUGACGGUUUCCGAGCUAAAAUGUACGACAUCACCCAGCAUCCGUUCUUUAAGAGGACGAUUGCGUUACUGGUUCUGGCCCAGUCGGUGCUGCUCUCGGUCAAGUGGGACGUGGAGGACCCGGUGACUGUUCCUUUGGCCACGAUGUCCGUUGUUUUCACUUUCAUCUUUGUUCUGGAGGUUACGAUGAAGAUCAUCGCCAUGUCACCCGCUGGUUUCUGGCAAAGCAGAAGAAAUCGCUAUGACCUCCUGGUGACGUCACUCGGCAUUGUCUGGGUAGUCCUUCACUUUGCCCUCUUGAAUGCAUACACAUAUAUGAUGGGUGCCUGUGUGAUCGUCUUUAGAUUUUUCUCCAUCUGUGGAAAGCAUGUCACGUUAAAGAUGCUGCUCCUGACGGUGGUCGUCAGCAUGUACAAAAGCUUCUUCAUCAUCGUCGGGAUGUUCCUGUUGCUGCUGUGUUAUGCGUUCGCGGGCGUUGUUUUGUUUGGCACUGUGAAAUACGGAGAAAACAUUAACAGGCAUGCAAACUUCUCCUCAGCUGGGAAAGCUAUUACUGUACUCUUCCGCAUUGUCACGGGAGAAGACUGGAACAAGAUUAUGCAUGACUGUAUGGUUCAGCCUCCUUUCUGCACUCCAGAUGAAUUUACGUACUGGGUAACGGACUGUGGAAACUAUGCCGGGGCACUUAUGUAUUUCUGUUCGUUUUAUGUCAUCAUUGCCUAUAUCAUGCUAAAUCUGCUUGUAGCUAUAAUUGUGGAGAAUUUCUCCUUGUUUUAUUCCACCGAGGAGGAUCAGCUUUUAAGUUACAAUGACCUUCGCCAUUUUCAGAUCAUAUGGAAUAUGGUGGAUGAUAAAAGAGAGGGGGUGAUUCCAGCAUUCCGUGUGAAGUUCCUGCUGAGGCUGCUGCGUGGGAGGCUGGAGGUAGACCUGGACAAAGACAAACUCUUGUUUAAGCACAUGUGCUAUGAAAUGGAAAGACUCCACAAUGGUGGGGAUGUCACCUUCCAUGAUGUCCUAAGCAUGCUCUCCUACCGGUCAGUGGACAUCCGGAAAAGUUUGCAGUUGGAGGAGCUCCUCGCCAGGGAGCAACUGGAAUACACCAUCGAGGAGGAAGUGGCCAAGCAGACCAUCCGCAUGUGGCUGAAAAAGUGCUUAAAGCGGAUCAGAGCUAAACAGCAGCAGUCGUGCAGCAUCAUCCACAGCCUGCGAGAGAGUCAACAACAAGAGCUGAGCAGAUUCCUGAAUCCCCCCAGCAUCGAGACCACCCAGCCAAGUGAGGACGUGAAUGCAAACAGUCAGGACAAUAGCAUGCAGCCAGAGACAAGCAGCCAGCAGCAGCUUCUGAGCCCCACUCUGUCUGACCGAGGGGGAAGUCGGCAAGACUCCGGAGAAGCUGGGAAACCCCAGAGGAAGUUUGGUCAAUGGCGCCUGCCCUCAGCACCCAAACCAAUAAGCCAUUCCGUGUCCUCCGUCAACUUACGGUUUGGAGGGAGGACGACGAUGAAAUCCGUGGUGUGCAAAAUGAACCCUAUGCCAGAUGCGGCCUCCUGUGGUUCGGAAGUGAAGAAGUGGUGGACCCGGCAGUUGACGGUGGAGAGUGAUGAAAGUGGAGAUGACCUGCUGGAGAUUUAGGAAGAAAAACAACUAUGAAAGAAUUUAAAUGGAAUUACCAGUAAUUUCCCAAAUGUUUCCUGAUCAUUUCCUUCAUUGUCCCGCGAGCAAUCUGCAAUAGCUAUAUGAUUUAAUUCCAAAGUGUCACAUCUUUUUUUCCCAUUGAUUUGCUUGUUGUCCUGUCACAGGAAGGGGUAGAAAUUGGCCUAUCAGAACUGUGUGCAUGAUGGGCUAAGGCUGUGUGUUCACGAACAUGUAUGCAAUGGCCGUGUCAAUAAUAUUAGAAACGUUAGCAUCAGCCAAUGCAGAUCAUUUUUUAAAAAUUCAUACAUCCUGUCUCUAUAAACUAAGGUGUAUAUUCAUAUUGUUCCAAUGUAUUAUUUCCAGACCCAUAAAAAGUGCUACGUCCAAAGUGGCUGAUACUUAAUAUACAGAUCCUAGAGCUCUAGUUCAGCUGUUUCCUCUUCUUCAACUAGAAAUUGUUCUCUUGGGAGAACUUAUUACUUAUGAUCAAUCUUCAAAGGUCAGCACUGAGCUCCUGCUAAAAUGCUAUCAAUUUUACAGACUAUAAAUCCUAAAUUUUAAAAAGUAUAUUCAUUUUCCUCUCGCAUUUUCUAAAAUAAUGCAUGUGAUAAGAGGGGGCUACAAACACUUCAUGGAGAAGUGGAAUUAAAAUUAAUGGCCUCAGUAACUCUAAAGAAACUGUCAUUAGCUUCUGCGAGAAUUAUGUAUGCAAGUACUAAGCAAAGCACCUGGCCCAGGGAGCUAUGGGUAAUUGGCUGGAAGUAAACCCUAUACAAUGAUCACUGGAAGACCGUCAUAUGCAAAGGUGAUGAGUUUCUUUCCAAAGGCCUUUUAAUCACUGAUUUCGUAAUUUUUUUUAAAUGGCGGAGCGAUUCAGAAUUAGGCCUUCAAAACAAAAACUCUGCAUGUAUUAUCAAUGACUUUACUUUUUACCCAGGGUAUGUCUGUUUUCCAAGAAAAAUGGAUCAAGCCAUUAUCAACUGAUCCCUCUACACCAUUGUUACCUUAGAUUCUAAAAACUUCCUGGUACCAGAAUUUCCUAUGGAAAUAGCAGGACCCUAGGAAAUCUUGCUCUGAACUCACAGUUCAGAUUGCCCAUAACCUCAUUGCUUCACACAUCAGUGGUCCAUGUCCUCUGGGAAAUGAGAAAUGCAAACUGAUUGCAAAGCAGCACCAGGCCUGAUACUGCUGGGUCACUAAGUGGAAGUGGGUUUAGACCUUCAACUGCCGUAUUCUUGGUUGACGGUUUGAGGUUUAGAUGGAUUUUUAAUUGAGGGAUUAUCUCCGAAUCCUAUGCCCUCGGGCUACAUGAUGAGCCCUUCUCUCCUGUCUCGCCUUCUUCAGAUCGCCAGAUUGGAUGUUCUUUCUGGGAGACAAAUGAAACCUGGUGGGGCAGCCUCUUCUGGGUGUAAUGAACUGGGACUGCAGCAGGGGAAGGAUCAUCGGGGUGACCAAAAGGCUCUUAUUUGCUCUUAUUUUUGUUUGGGUUUUACCUUUUUUGUACAUAAGAGACUAAAAUAAACAUUGGAUUUGUCAAAGAACGUAAA